ACCCGGGCUCAGAUUGGACCCUGGCUGCUCUCUCUGUUUACCCACACAUGGACUUUCACUGCUCUUAUCUGCUCGGGUCAUUUCCACUUCGCUCCAAACUUCCACCGCCGCCAUGCUCCUCCGGCUCUUCUGCGUCCUGCUCUGCCCGGGCCCGGCUCUCCUCCUGGGCGACCUGGUGUUCCGGUGCCCCCCCUGCACGGCCGAGCUGCUGUCCCUGUGCCCCCAGGUGCCCGAGUUCUGCGGCGAGAUCGUGAGGGAGCCCGGGUGCGGGUGCUGCCCCGUGUGCGCCCGGGCCGAGGGGGAGUUCUGCGGGGUCUACACUCCCAGGUGCCUCACGGGUCUGAGGUGUUACCCGGCGCCCGGAGCCCUGUUCCCCCUCCAGGACCUGCUCAUGGGGCUGGGCAGGUGCGGGCAGAGGGUGGAGCUCCCAACGGUGACCAACGAGAUGCUGGGCACAGAGAGUCCUCCCCUGCCCCGUAGACCUCCUCUGGACCCGCGGGCCUGGCAGGAGGCCGCUCUGAAGCAGCACCUGAAGGAGACCAGGACCAGGAUGAAGACGUGUCCCAGGGUCCCUGUGGUGAGACAGAAACCGAGCGCGUGUCAGAUGGAGCUGGACAGAGUGAUGGAGGCAGUGGCUAAAAUCACGACGGAGGACCACAGGGGACCUCUGGAGAAUCUUUCUGAGCUCAAGUUCCCAAACUGCGACCGUUUUGGCCUCUACAACAUCAAACAGUGUAACAUGUCUCUUCGGGGACAGAGGGGGGAGUGCUGGUGUGUGAACCCUCUGACCGGAGACCAGAUCCCGGCUUCACCACGAGUCCGAGGAGACCCCAACUGUGAGCAGUACUUCAACACCGCGGAGACGGCUACUGAGCACUGAAGACUACUACUACUACACCUAAUACUACUAUUACUACUUCUACACAUGCAGUAGGCGUACGACUGUGAGCAGUACUUCAUCACUGACAGCAGCUGAUCACUAAGUACUGAACGUUACUACUAGUACUGCCAAUACUACAGCAGAGAAAACAUGAGAUCUGAUCACCGAAUACUGACUGUGAAUACUGACUACCACUGUUACUGCUACUGCUACUGUGACGUGUACUUUUGGUAUAAUACCAGUUGUUUCUUAUUGUACUUUUAACCCCCAGAAUGCAUUGGGACCAACAAAUAUAGUUUUAACACAUGAAAAUCACAGCUCACAGAGUCUCAAAGCUAUUGCAAACUUUUUAUUAAACUCAUAAAUAUAAAGUAAAACUAGAAGGAAUUAAAUUGAAGAAUUAAAAAAAAAACGUUUUAGAUCUAGAGGCGUUCAGUAUGUGGCAUUUUAAUAUUUAUAGACCUUUUUCACAAUGACCGGAAGUGUCGCGAUGUUGGGUAAACAUCACUUCCGGUUAAAGGUUGUAUGGAGGAUUUAGUUUUAGUUUCAAAUUGUCAGUGAAAGUUUAAAAUACCAUUACAGAAACACAGCAGCCUUGUAAUUAUGAUGACCAAAAAAAAACAAAACAAUAAAAAUCUAUCAACUGUGGACAUAGUGAGGCCAGAUAAACAUCAGCCAAUAAAUAACGAGGCUCCCUCUUUAUCUAUUGGCUGUUAGGUUGUCAAUCAAACUCCGUACGCGCGGGGAUUAUGUGGUUUAUGCAGCGGUUCUGAGAGGCUUUUUCAAACUGUCGCUUCCUCACGUUUCGCACAAAGUUUGUUGCGACGGUGGACGAGAAUCCACGACCAGUUCGCCGCCAAAGAAAGUCCAUUUUUGAGGUCGCUGAAAGAAGAGGAGUGAAAAAGGAGCGAAGCCAAACUGAGGUGAUUCUUGGAGAUUUCUUCCAGCGAUGGAGCGACUGAAGCAGAAAAAAGGGUCUAAAAA